AUGGAUCCUCCGGAGGCCAUGAUGAAGGAGGAAGUGGACCCUCUUUCAUGGCUUCAAACCAGAGACAAGAGAAAUAAAGAUUUGGACGGAGCCUCACAUCUGAGGUCGUUUCAUUCCCUCCAUGCAGGUCUAACAGCUGUGAUACAGACACAGCAGACUGUGGUGGCAGCAGUGGGAGAAGAUGCUCGUCUCAGCUGUCAGCUCAUGCAACAUAAAGAAGUUCUUCAGGUCACAUGGCAGAAAGUUUUACCUGAGGGGGAGAAGAAUGUCGCCACCUACAGCAAACACUUUGGUCCCAGAGUGACUCCUGACUUUAAAGAGAAAGUGGAGAUAAAAGAUGCUGGACUGAAGAACUGCUCCAUAGUUAUCAGAGAGGUGAUGGAGCAGGAUGAAGGCUGCUAUCUCUGUUUGUUUAACACCUUCCCUGACGGUGCUGUCACUGCUACAACCUGCCUCCAAUUCUAUGAGCUGCAUGAACCCAUUCUACAUGUUAGAGAAUCAAACUCUACUCAGGAGUCACCUGUGUCCUGCUCAGCCACAGGACGACCUGCUCCAACACUGACACUCAACGUCACGCAGCCACACCUCCACUUCUCACAAUACAACACUGUCAGUGUCCACAACAGCAAUGACGUCUGCUGA